AUGUCGGCGCCAAAAGUGCGCGAUGCGGCGUGCGGGCAUGCGGAUCGGAUCGCACUCGCCUACUUGUCCAACAAACACUUUCCAACUAGUAGGUAUGCUAUAAAUAUUCAAAGAACGCCUCGCCAACCAAUGCUCUCACUGGCUUUUCUACGGUCACCACUGAUCACAGAACGAUACCAACCUAAAUACAGUUUGGGCUCAAUUUUGACGACCCGCUCUCGCACUCUGCCAGAAAUUAUAGAUGAGUUGACGGUUCAAACGUGCACACUGUCUUAUUCAUCCAUCACUGCACAUCCGCAACUAUCGGGAAAACUCACGAUUUCACUGUCACAGCACGCGGCGGCGCGACCGAACCGCCGGAGUCACGGCACGCACCAGCACGGACUCACGGACGCGCUUCGGAAAGUCGCGGUGGCCGCUGCAGUGAGCGACGCGGGCAUUAAUUUAUGA